CGGCUGGCAGCGUGGCGCGGGGUCCGUGGUGAGGCGUGUGUGUCGACCGUCGCGUCACGGGUGCGGACCGUGACGUCACUCCAACCAGGCUCCAGCUCACGCGGCCCGCCACCUCCCCAGUACCAGUAGAGACGCCGUUGUGUAAAGACGUUGGCUCUGUGCCUCUUUGUGCUCUAGUGCUCCUUGGAAUAUUUUUUUUGAAGGGAUACAGUGUUCACAAAAAUCCUGCGCUAAUGGUGGUUCUCGAGUCCAAAGGGAUGUUGACUGCAGGCAGUAAUCAAUAUUUACAACCGGAUUACCUGUCUCCACUCCCCACCACGCUGGACGCCAAAAAGUCACCCCUCGCGCUCCUGGCGCAGACAUGCUCGCAGAUCGGCGCGGACUCCUCCAAGCCGCUGCCCGCUGACAAGAAGAAAGACGAGGACAAGAAGGAGAAGUCGCCGCCCACGCCCCUCGAGGCCACGCGGCGCUCACCCGCCUUCAAGCCCUACGAGAGCGCCGCCAAGAAGGCCAUGGCGGAGGAGGGCGGCGACGACAAGCCCACGGGCGGCCGCAAGACGCCAGCCAGCCAGCCCUCCAGCGCGCGGCCGCCCUCCUCCUCCAGCGGCGGCUCCUCCUCCGCCGCCGCCGUCAAGGAGGAUAGUGGGCGCCGCAGCACCGAGGCGAGCGUGACCUCGUCAGCCUCCACCACGCCCAUCAUCAGGUCGGGCUUGGAGGUGCUGGCGGGCCACCCCAAAGACGUGCCCCUCGGCACCUACCGCACGGGCAUGCCACACCUGCUGCCGCCAGGCUACCCCGGCCUGGAGAGCCACCCCGCUCUGCGCGGCGCCCACCCGGGCCUCAUGCCCGGCCUGGGCCUGCCCGGUCUGCCCUCCUCUCUCGCCUCCGUCUACCCCGGCGCCUCUGCCGCCGCCCUCUACACCACCACAGGCCUCCCCUCCUCGGCAGGGCUCUCCCCAUCCCUGCUGGGCUCGCCCUACCUGACCUACACCCGCGUCAAGACAGCAGGCGGCGGCGAGGCGGUGGUGCCCGUGUGCCGCGACCCCUACUGCACGGGCUGCCCCUACUCCGUGCAGAACAACCACCUGCUGCAGAGCGGCGGCGCCUGUCCGCCCUCGUGCACGCAGUGCGAGCAGGCCAAGGCGGCCCUCAGUGCCCUGCCCGGCCUGUCCUCCCUGCCCUCCUCCUCCAUCGUGCCCGCCUCCAGCCUGCUGCCGCCCACUUCGGUGGCCGCCGCCGCCGCAGCCUCGCUGUACUCGCCCUCCGCCUCCUCGCUGCUGACGGGGCCGCACCGCCCCUACGUGUGUAACUGGAUAGUGGGCGAGACGUACUGCGGCAAGCGCUUCGCCACCUCUGAGGAGCUGCUGCAGCACCUCCGCACCCACACCAGCGUCACGGCGCCAGACUCCUCCUCCCUCAGCCUGCUCUCCAACCCUCUGCACGCCCACGCCGCCCUGCUGGGAUCCGCCCACUCCGCCCUCUCCCGCCCCGGCAUGGCCUACCCGCCCCCAGCCCUCUCCCCGCUCACCGCCUCCCGGUACCACCCCUACAGCAAGCCCACUGCCCUCACGACUACCUCUGCCCUCACGCCCACGCUGCCAGGCCUCUCCCCCUACGCCUCUGCCCUCUCGGCCUACCCCCCGGGCUACCCCUCUCCCUACGCCGGCCUGUACCCGAGGCCGCCCCUCUGAUGUGCCCCGGGGCGCUAGUUGGGGGAGGGGGGUUCACUCAUAUCAGGUGCUAUAAUCAAAAGUCCCGCCCUUGAGGCCACUGUGCCAAAGCAUCUGCUUUACAGUCAGCAGCCGGGCGGAGGAGGGGCGCGUGGCCAGUAACUCUAGGGGCGAGGCGCGCCCCUCCUUGGGGGGAGGGGCCGCGGCGCCCCUCGCCCUCCAGUAAAUUCUCGGCCGCAACAAGACGCAUCACUUCCCUCUUGGCGACCACUUUGUGCACGAGAACUGUUUGUGUUGACUGUGAUAGCCUAAGUUUGUACAUAACAACAAUGUAAAUAUUUUUCUCGGUGGUGAAUAUGUAUAUGAAAAUUAUUUGGAAUUAUGCCUAAUUAUUAUUAAAUAUAUGAGUUUUCUAAGAGAGAUCUGAAGAGUUUUGAUUAACCUGGUCGAGACAGUGAACCAGUGAAGGCUGUGAGCGCCGCGACCACCACCACCACCACCACCACGAGGACCGACCCAACCAAACCAACGCGAAGCAAAAGACAAACACACGAGCGAGCGAGCGAGUGGAAAGGAAAAGAAAGAACGAGUUGGACACACAACCAGUCACUAUUCUCAUCAAGUGUUGUUGUUAUAUUUGCUGCCUUCAUGAGUCUUCAAAGUUAAUCAACAUAUAUAUAUUUUUUUUCCUUUGUGCACAAGAAACAUAUCUAGUCUGCUCAAAGCUGAAGGAAAACAAUACUAUGUGCAAGUUUGUCUGUUCCACAACAUCUCACUACAAUAUAAUCUCUAUGAAGUGCACACAAUAAAGCAGAAAGUCCAA